AUGGAUAUUGAUAUAGUUAAUGCAGUAUUACGAUUAUGUUAUGAACAACAGACAUGUCUUUUUGAAGUUCCAAUUUUAUGUGAUUAUUGUCUUGAACAACGUUUAUGUACGAAUUCGAAACAUGUACUUGCUAGUAUUAAAAAUUAUAUGGAAAUAUUUAAAAUAAGUCGUGAUCGAAAUCGUAUUGAAUUUUUUAUGCCUUUUGAAAUAUGUCGAAAUAAUUUUCAUGAUGGUUUAUGUCAAAAUAAUGGUGAAUCAUGUUCGAAUUUACAUGUAUGUUAUGAAUAUUUCAAUACAAAUUCAUGUCGUCGUUCAAUAAAUUGUCCAUAUCCACAUAUGUUAAUACAAAAAUAUCAUGAAAAUAUACUUGGAACAUUAAUUCACCUUGAUUUAGAUGCAUUAACUAAAGCUUUUAGAAUUUAUUGUCAAUUAAAAAAACAUUUAUUAAAUUAUAAUUCAUCUAGUAUACCAUCAUUAAAAGUACAACAACAUCAACAACAGAUACCAUCUUCAUCAUUUACUAAGAACUCAACAUAUUCAUCAUUAUCUUCUUUUUCGUCUUCUUUUUCUACAAAUAAUAAACGAUGGACAGUUACUUCACAAAUUCAUAGUAAUACAUCUUGGAAAACUAAUAAUCGAACACUAUUAACUUCAACAAAUCUUCCUACGCAACAACAGCAACAGAUUAUAAGUCAGAUUUCUGAAAAAGGUCUUCAAAUAUAUUGGGCGCCAUCAAAAGAAAUUCAAACUCAUUUUAUCGAAGUAGCCUUUAGUAAUCAUAGCAAAUGUGAUGGAGGUCCAAUACGGACACAUACAAUCUAUCAACAUUUAGGUAUUGCCCAAGUAUUUUAUAAAAAUUCAGAUACUGUUGAUCGAGUUAUUGAUCAUGAAUCUAUAACAUUUCAAACAUUUACUUUUAUACCUCGUCUUUUACAACGAACAGUUGAUAUGCGUCAUGUAUGUUUUAUAAAUAUGUCAAUUGAAACAAAUCGUAUUCCAUUAUAUAUUGAUAUUGUCUCAAAACCAUAUAAAAAAACUCAUUAUGAAUAUUAUCAGAAUGAUAAACAAACAAUUCUUGUUGAAUAUAAUGAAGAUAUUGAUUUUUCUAAGAUUUCUUCGAAUGUUCGAAAUCAUCCUGAAUAUAAUGGAUUACAAAUUAAAUGUAUACAAUUAUAUUAUCCAGAAACAUUGUUAAUUGAAUAUGAUCAACAAUAUUCUGAAUAUGAUAUUAAAAAUUUAUUUAAAAAUGAAAGAAUUUUUCAUAUUAAAAUCUAUUCAUUUUGUGCUUUCGUACAUUUUUAUUGUCAUGAUGAUCUUAUACGUUCAAUUAAGACACCAUUUGAUGAUCCUAUCCGAGUGAUACCAAUUUAUAUUGAUAUAUAUUCUCAACAACAUUUGGAUAAUUAUUUACAACGACGUCAUUCUGAGGUUCAAUCAAAAAUUUUAUCUAUUGAAAAUCAACCAAUACUUUCAACAACUGAUAUUAUCACACAAGAACUACCAAUUUCCGUAAAUAAAAAUGAUUUACUUCUUGAACCUGAACCGUCAGUACCUAUUUUACCAUUACCAACAACUAAUCAACAAAUAGAAAUUCUCUCUGAACUUAAAUUACCAAUUACUACUGAAUCGUCUUCUUUAGUAUCAUUAAAACCAUCAGAAAUUCUGUAUCCUAAAAUUGAAUCUAUAUGUACAAUUGAAGCAAAUAAUGAUAUUGAUGAUGAGAAUGAGAAUGAUAUUGAAAAUGAAAUACGAGCAAGUGAUGAUGAUUUUGAUGAUUUACCAUCAGAUUUUGAUAAUAAUGAUUUAUUUCUUGAUGAAUCUAUGUAUGAUUAUGGUGAUAUGGAAUUUAUUCGUAAUGCAGCUAAAAAUUUAAUAUCAUCAUUAGCUGAUAUGGAAGAAGCUAGUAAUGAUCUUGAUCAAAUGGAUGAACCACAAUCAAUAUUAUAUGGUGAUGAUUAUGUUGUUACAAUAAAAUGUCGUCGUUUUGCAUUAGCUUUUCUUGAUUAUACACAAUAUCGUAUUGAAAA